AUGGUCACGAUCAGUUGGUUGCUGGUUCCCACAGCAAUACAAGAAGCACCACCACCAACUCCACCUCCACCACUGCCACUGCCACCACCUGCACAUACCGGUGCGAGGCUGCUCCAUAAUCUGGACCUGCUUCCCGUUGGCAUUGUGUCAUCAGGACGGAUUCGGGGGUUUCCAGCUGCAGUUCGCAAUCAAGCCUCACCGGAUGGGGCAGAUCCUCCACGCAAGCCAGUCGCUAGGGGGAGGGAGGACCAUCCAUUGCAUUCUGGACGGGUCUGGGGAAUCACCCACACCGGCCGGUCGCCAACCGAAAGGUGUGCCCAGCAGGAUCUAGUGGUGAGCGACGAGGAUCAUCCGUCCGGCGACCUUUCCCAGGGUGCACCAUCCAUGCGUAGGACUAGGGAAGCUGGGGCUGUUCUACUGGGUGUAAAAACAAAUUUCUCAUUCGAGCAGCAUCAUUUGCUUUUGCGAAAGACGACGAAAAUCAGAAUGCAAAUGUGCACUGUCUUGGCGUUCCUCGACCCCCCCGCAUCCAUGUUAGAGUUUAAAAAAAGCGCAGCCCGGGACGGGAUGGAUGGAUGCCCUACUGACCCUAAAUCAAUAGAAACAAAACGCCCUAGAUUACUCAAAAUAGUAAUGGCCGAACUGCCGGAAGCAUUGAUCACAAAGUUUGCCUAG